AUGCCCCGGCGCAUCGACCGAAUCAAUGAGUUGCUACGCAGCGAAAUCAGCCAUCUGAUCGCCCGGGAAAUCAAAGACCCGCGGGUGGCCGGUGUCAUCAGCAUCACGGAAGUAGUGGCCUCCAACGACCUCAGAAGCGCGAGAGUGUUCGUCAGCGUGAUGGGGCGCCAUUCCGACCGGCAGUCUGCCUUGGAUGGAAUCCGUUCAGCUGCUUCUUUCCUGCGGCGGGAAUUGCGAGACCGGGUGAAUCUCAAACAUACUCCUCACUUGACGUUUGUCCUGGACGACUCCAUCGAAGAAGGGGACCGCAUCCUCAGGCUGAUGGACGACUUCACUCCUGAAGAAUUCGCCGCCGCCUACUUGGAAAGAAAAGAGCCCAGGCGCAGGGUCAGGGCACCAGAUGGAACCAAAGGCCAAUAG